AUAAUACAUAUUUUUUACAAUGCAAUAAUCAUAUUAUUUAAAAAAUAUAUUCUUUCAUCAUUGGAUAAUUAAGCUUGAAUAAUAACAAAAAAUAUAAUUAUUAGAUAAAAAUUGAUUAUUAUCGUGUCAUAAAUAAAGGUACAUCCACGAAACAUCAGAGUAACAAUAAAAAAAUUGUUCUAAUUAAAUUUUUAUCUGACCAAUUAUUUUUAAUUAAUCUACUUAUCAAUAUUAGUUAAAAAUUACUUAUAAUUCGACUUUGUGACUCGUCAAGUUCGAGUCUGUUUCAUCUAGGCUACGGUCAAUGUAACUCUAUAGAUGCUUCGAAGCGUUUGAUUGUUCAAUCAAAACAAAGAAUUUUACUAGCGCAUCAAUUAAAAACGUUUCAAAGCAUUUGUAGUAAGCCCCCGUAGGGGAGCGUCCCGUUUGACCACGUUGCGAUUGACUACCAGUAGCCACUCACAGCGGCCGAUGCCUAGAGAUUUUCUUCUGUUCAAACGUUACGAGUGGCUGGUCAAUUGCAACGUGAUCAAAUGGGCCCUGCUCUGACCGUAGUAGCGAAAAAUAUUCUCAUUCAUGAUUUCAAUAUGCUGUUAGAUAUGCGUCUGUAGGUACAUACAUUCUAUUGGUCUGUUUUUGGUAACGGAACUAGUGUACACUUGUACUUAAAAUGAAAGAGAUAUAUAAAGUCUAUUCUUUUCGGCUGAACUGCAAGAAGUUUAUACCUGUUAUUGAAGUUUGACAAAAGCGAGAAAGUUUAACGCAAUUCCAAUGUGGAAAACAAACCUCAUUUGAUGCUUAUACCUUCGCGAGCAUCGUUGUUCCUUGUUUACUAUUCGAUGAACAACGAAGAUAAAACAAUUCUAAGAACUUGCGAACAUCAAAUGGAACAGACUUUUUGUUUACGAAAUCGCUGUCAUGACGUAUGGAUUAUUUGCGCGGGAACAAUAAUUCUGCGUUCAUAAACUUUUAUAGGAUAUAAAAUCAACGAUGCUUGGUGCAAAUGUAAAGCUCUGAGUUGGUGGCAGAUUGAUAUAGAAAAGAUAUCUGCAAAGUCGCUACGAAUACACGCAGUCAUGCAGAAACGACAAUUAUCACGAAAAAAGAUUUUUACCACUAACGAUGCCGAUAAAUCUCAGAAGAAAAUAUUGUCAUUCUUUACAAAAAUUCCAAAAGCUGUUGUAAGUAAUGAUAAAGUUGUACCGGAUACAAAUUCUUUAUCUCAAGUAUCAAUUGGGAAAAAAAGAAAGGAAAGAGAUAGCUCACUUGAGGAAGAUACCUUAAUGAGAGUUGAGAAGAAAUGUAAUGUGGAUAAAAAGUCAUUGAAGGAUUCUUGGACUGACAAUGCAGAAAGUCUUAUUGAAUCACAUGAGGAUUCAGUGAUAUUAUCUGUAUCAAAUAAUUUAGAAGAUUUAUGUAAUAAUUCUAAGGAGAAUAAACUGAUGUGUAAGAAUACAUCUCCAGUUGUUAAAAAUGAAGGAAAUGCUACAUUAAUGGGAAAAAGUGAGCAGAAUGUAAACGUUCUACAAAAUUCUACUAAUAUUGGGCAUAAGACAAAUGUUUUGAAUCUUACUCAUAGUGACAAUCAUAUUCUUAAAGAAACGCAAGACUUAAAUACUCUUGCUUUGAAGUCUUUAUCUGCUAUAGAAACACCUAAACAUGACAAGACUAAAUCACAUAGUUUGAAGAAAGUAGAAUCUUUUGAAGAUUUUUCAGUGAUAAUAGAUGGCGAUUCGUUUGAUGAUUUUUUUGAUCAGGAGUGGCAUGCAGAAAUUGAUUUAACUACUUUUCAGAGGUGUAAGAUAGUUGAUGUGACGCAUGAAUCGAAAGUUACUGUCUUAAAGGUGCAGCAUGUGGAAUCUGAAGGCAUCGACAAUGUGGCAUGCUCAGGAUUUUGGAAAGACGUGCAAUUGAAAAUUGACGAUAUCGUCACGAUACAGGCGAAGAAGGAUUCGCGGCGAUGGAUUGUGGAUAACAAUAAUGGUUUCCUUGUUACGCAACCUGAUUUACUGAUAUCAGGCACAACGAUAAUGGGUGGUUUAUUUUGUAAUAGACGAGCGGUGCUGAGCGAGAAAUUCAGAAAGAUAGAGUCGCUACCGAGUUUGAAUGCUGAUUAUUCCACGAUGACUAUAGGAUCUUUGACUCAUCAGUGGUUGCAAAAGGCAUUACGGGAAAAUAUCUGCGCUCUGUCUGAUGUGAUCAAGCUGUUGGACGAUAUGUUACAAUCGAAGGACACAUUAGACUAUCUCUACGCGUCAGAAAUGUCGCUUAUAGAUUGUCGGAAACGCAUGAUGGAGUACGCCCCGCGAAUCGUCGAGUUUAUUCAGCAUUAUAUUAAGGGUAACAAACAGCAGCAUGUAAACAAUCUAAAAGACAACUUUCAAGGGAGUAUUUGUAAUAUACAGGAUAUUGAGGAGAGCAUUUAUAUACCAAAGCUAGGUAUAAAGGGAAGGAUAGAUAUAACAGCGGAGGUAAAUAUCAAUUCGAGAAAGAAAAUCAUGCCUCUGGAAGUGAAAACUGGAAGAGCUUCCUAUUCAUUAGAGCACAAGGGCCAAGUUAUUCUUUAUCUCAUGAUGAUGGGUUUUAGGGAUCAGGAUAUUGAUACUGGACUUCUGUUAUAUCUAAAGGAAAACUCGAUGCAGAAAAUCAAAAGUGGACAUCAUGAGAAGAGAGACUUGAUAUUGUUACGGAAUACUUUGGCGCAUUAUUUUGCUAAAAAACCCGAAAAUCCACAGGGCACGGACGCGGAAUCGGAUUUGAAGGCGAUGGAAUUGCCCGAGCCGAUCAAUCAUCACAGCGCGUGUGGCAGAUGUCCUUAUCAGACUCUAUGCUGUGCAUAUCUUGCAAAGGACCCGAGCGCGAAUUUAUCAUCAUCGCAUCCAUUAACGGCGAUGAUUAAACAAUUGCGGGACGAUUUUGAGACUAGUCAUUUGGAUUAUGUUAUGAGAUGGAUCGCAUUAUUGCAAUUGGAAGAAAGCUAUGAGAAUAGUAAUAGCAGUUUAAUCAGCAUAUGGACGAUGAGUCCUGAGAAAAGGGAGGCGCAAGGAACGUGUAUCUGCAACUUGAAAAUUAUCAGCAAAGUGAUGGAGCAGGGUGAUAGAUAUCAACAUACGUUCGCACGUGUCGAUAUUAAGGGAGAGACUAUUGAGAAUGGUACAUUCGGCGGUGGGAUUGCCGAAGAUAAUUAUAUUAUUGUGAGCACGGAUGCACGAAUUAACAUUGCUACCGGGCAUGUAACGCACAUUUCGUAUGACACUGUUGCGGUCCUAUUGGACAAAGAUAUUACGCGAUUGUACGCACAUUCAACGUUUCAUAUCGAUAGAUUCCCAUCUACAGGUCUAUCUACUUUUAAUUAUGCGAACGUGGCUGGUUUGCUGAAUAACGACGAAACGAUUGUCAAUCUUCGGCGCAUCGUCAUCGAUAGGAGACCGGCCACAUUUAUGAACAAAUUGCCACGGUCGAUUGUAUCGACUAGCACCAGAAUCAUAAGUGACUUAAACGAGAAUCAGCAGAGAGCUGUAUUGAAGGCGGUGGCCGCUCAUGAUUAUGUUCUGAUAAAGGGCAUGCCAGGUACGGGCAAGACGCAAACGCUAGUGGCUCUGAUAGAGUUACUGCAGGAGUUGGGCUCUAGCGUGUUGAUCACCGCACACACGCACAGCGCGGUAGACAAUGUUCUGUUAAAGUUGUUGGAGCGGAAUAUAGAUUUUCUACGGCUAGGUUCGACGAAACAGAUUCAUUCCCUGUUGACGUGUAACAGUGAGGAAUACGCGAUCGCAAGUUGCGAUUCGCCAGAGGCCCUGGAGGCACUCUACAACAGCAAGCGAAUCGUAGGUGCGACUUGUUAUGGUGCGUAUCACGCGCUUGUCAGGAGGCGCACCUUCGACGUAUGCGUAGUGGACGAGAGCGCGCAAAUUAUGCAGCCCACAGUACUGCGACCAUUGUACAGCGCGCGCAAAUUCGUCCUUGUUGGAGAUCCGGAUCAACUGCCACCCGUCAUCAAGAACAAAACUGCCGUGAAACUCGGCGCGGAUGAAUCUCUGUUUAUCAGGCUGGACAGCGAUGAAAACACCAUCAAUCUGUCAAAGCAGUACAGAAUGAAUGGGAGGAUCAUGAGGCUGGCCAAUGAUGUAACAUAUCGCGGCAAACUGGUGUUAGGGAAUAAACAAGUAGAAAACGCAGUCUUGAUUGGCACGAACAUGGAGCAGGUUCUUUUGUCCUGCGAGAGGUGGAUAAGAAGCGCGCUCUCCAGGCACUUAGAUGACUCGGUAGUAGUACUCAAUACUGGUAGCACUUAUAAUCUAAAUGUGGACUUCGAUAACAAGGAUAUUGCGAUGAAUCAAAUGUGCACCAAUAUCUGGGAGGCCGCUAUUACUUCACGUCUCGUUCAGGUGCUCAUCGAGGCAGGCGUGUGUGCUAGAAAUAUAGGAAUUAUAGCGCCAUAUAAUGCUCAUAUAAAUUUCUUAAAGAAAAUCAUAGACAAGGAAAUAGAAAUGAAUACCGUGGACCAGUACCAGGGACGUGAUAAGGAUGUUAUAUUGUACUCGUGUACAAAGAGUGCCAAGGACGAAACAAAGGAGGAAUUUGGAAUAUUGAACGAUCAACGACGUUUGACGGUAGCCAUUACUCGCGCGAGACACAAACUGAUCGUAAUCGCUGAUAAAGUCACGUUGACAAGAUACGCGCCAUUUAAAAGUCUGUUUGACGUCAUCGAUGAGAAGAACGUGAUAAAUUUGCGCGAUGGCGAGGAAGAUUUUAGCUGGAAAAGUCUCAUUCAUAGAAUUGACGAUGGCGAUAAAAAGUUCAAGGACUGAUCGAAUAAUGAUAUAAUAAUAAAAAUAGACUGAUGAUAAAUUAAAACUCUGUUUAAAUCAGUUGUAAAAUAGUAUUAUGAUCGCAUUAAAUAUAUGAACAAAAACUUUGCAAAUAUAUAUAAAUAUAUCGAGAUAUCA